AUGCCACAACAGACGACUCAAAGCAACUGGCCCCACCGUGCCAUUCCCAAGCCGGGGCCACUUGCACGCGAGGGAAAGACCCCGUCCUUGCACUACAGACAUGCCGCGGUGAAGACGUUGACACAUUUAUCGUCCUCCUCGUUCGUGUCAUUCGCGUCUUUCGCGUCGUUCGCGUCAUCCUCGUCAUCCUCGUCCGCGUCGGCGUCGUCGUCAGCCCAGUCGUACCCUCUGUUCACGGUCAACAGCCCCACCUCUCCGAAUUUCAAAGUAGACCUAAACCAUACAGGUACUUCGAGCUCAAGAUCAAACUCGCGAUCAAGAUCAAAAUCAAGCUCCAGCGCACGAUCGGGCUCAGGAUCAGUCCCCAGCCCAAGCGCCCCAGCGUGCACCUCUUCCUCUUCCUCCUCCUCCUCCUCCAACGCGAGCAGCAUAUGGGGCGUCUGCUCCCGCCAGCACGCGCUCGACACACAGCUCCGCGGCCGCACGCUGUAUUCCGCCCACCCAGACGAGACGCCGACACCAAAACAGCACGCCUUCCCUUCCAGUGCCGGUGCCGGUGCCAAAACCUCCAAGUGCGAUUCCAAAGGCCGCAGCAAAAGCGAAAACACUAGCGCAAUCAAACGCAAAGCCACAAGCAAAAGCACCAGACAGCCACGACUCAGCAGGCCCGAGUCUCCACGCGCCGACAAGACAAAGUCUUCAAGCGACACAAGUCAAAAAGACAGCAGCGGCAGCUUCGACUACAAACGCAGUACACGCCCGAGCGACAUCCACCAGCGCGCGUCAUCGCGCGCAAGCCCACACAUAGCUCCCAAGUAUUUAGCUGGGGAAAUCGAUGUCGACUCAAAUCUCGAUGUCGAUUUAUCCAGCAACUGGGAGAACAAUGGCAUGGGCAACGCGCGGGUACGCACCACUGCAGACGAGGCGCUGGACGGCGCAACUUUACACGGCGGCGACUCACUUCCACAAUCUUGCACCAGUGGGUCCGAAUCUGUGUCACCGCCUGAUCAUAUCAUCAACACGGACGACGAGAAAGGCAGCUACUGCCCCAGCAGGGCAGAUACCGCCAAGUCUCUCAGGAAUUCCUCACCGUCGGAGAAACCUGCUGUGUUAUCAGUAGAAUACACACACCGGCGGCGGGUAUCCGAGGUGAGAGAAUGCGGGUGCGCGGAGACGGAGGAUCUGGUGCGCAUCCUAAACGCACAUCUCGUUGGAUACAAGAACAUUCUCCCCCCGCACAUUGUAUCAAACGCACCGCAGACCCCGCUGCCGCUACACGGCUUCACGCAGCUGCAAGGACGCUGCAUAGCCGUGCGCCAGGUGCGCAAAAUCGGCGCAGGCAACGGCACCGCACGUAUCGAGACCGUGCGCGUCGUCUCCCUCUCCGACCCCGAAUCCGACGCCACACCGCCAGCAACGAGCAAGGCGACGGAUGUCGAUAUGGAGUCGGAGAUAGGGCUGAGGCAGGAUAGCAUCUGGGUCCUCAAGCGUUUCAAGACGCGCGAUGUACCGCUCGCGGAUGGUUUACGGGCGCGCGCGCAGCUGAAGAGCGAAUGCGAGGUAUACAAGCGCAUCGCGGAGGCACCAAAGGAGGGUAAAAUCGGCUUCGAGUUCAUUAUGUCGUUGGUUGCGACGACGACAUUCCACGGGGAGCAUUGCUUGCUGUUGCCAUUGAUGGCCACCGACCUAGCCGAUGUACUGGACAACCUGCGUACGCUGCUGCCGCGUCACGACGUCCGACGCAUCAUCGCCCAAAUCGCUACCGGGCUCGCCACACUCCACAGUAUAGGGGUAAUCCACAACGAUAUCAAGCCCGCUAAUAUCCUCUUCUCGCCCAACGGCAUCGUCAAGCUGGGCGACUUCGGGCUGAGCCACCGCACGCCCGCGCUGGCGCCGCUGCACAGAGACUCUGUAUACACCACGCGCGCGGUAGGCACGCGCGGGUACAUGGCGCCUGAGAAGAUAUGCGCGGGUGGGUACAGCUACCCCGUAGACUACUGGGCGCUGGGGUGUGUGUUUGCGGAGAUAGUCGGGGUGCAGGAGCGGGUUCUGCGGAGUUUUGAGGAGAGCAGUGAUGUUUUGACGUGGAAUGAAGAUUACGUCGAGCAUGAGGAGAGGAAAAAAUUCUUCAAGGACCAGGGACUUGACGAAGAUUCUCUUAGUCUGCUUUGCGGGCUUCUGGACCCCAGCCCACAGACACGCUUUGGGAUACUAGAGCUCCUCGUGCAUCCGUACUUCAAGAUAGACGAUGAUAUCUCGGAGUUUGACAAAAUCCGUGAAAUGGAGUCGGAUCGAUGGAUGGUUGUAGACCCUCCCAAAUCGUCGAAGGACAAACAAUCAACGCAUCCGAUCGACAUCUCGGAUCCAUCAAACGAUACUAUGUAUCGGUGGAUCAACCCUUAUGGAUUAUAUGUAGAAUCUAAUGUUUAA